AACGUGUCCUGAGCAACGUCAUCUUAUACCGGUUAGCAGGAAUAUUUUGGUGUUUUGCCUUCAAAUAUUGUUUGUGUGAUUUAAAUGAAUACUGUUUUGUCCAGAGCGAAUGCAAUAUUUGCAUUCACAUUAAGUGUUCUAGCGGGGUUAACAUUUCUAUGUUUUUUGUCUACGGCAUUUAACAGUUAUCAAGCCAAAGUUGUUGUUCGAUCCGACAGAGCUGUCGUAAAUCUUACCAGUCUGUUUAAUUGGAAUGUAAAACAACUUUUCUUGUAUCUNACUACGAAAAAAUAUACGUAUUUUGGAAAUGUUUUGAAUCAAGUUGUACUUUGGGAUAAAAUUAUUCAGAGAGGAGAAAAUGCAAUUUUGGAUUACAAGAAAUUAAAUACUAAGUAUUAUUUUUGGGAUGAUGGGAAUGGCUUAAGAGGAAACAAAAAUGUUACAUUAACAUUAUCUUGGAAUAUCAUUCCUAAUGCCGGUAGCCUUCCAAAUAUUGUAGGAACAGGAAGCCACAGUUACAGUUUCCCUACAGAAUACACCACAUCGCGUCUGUAAAAAGUAAAGCAUCCACAUCUUUUAAGGAGCCUUACUACCAUCCAUCAUUAUCAGAAAUCUUGGAUAAAUAGUUGAAAAUUUGUUGUCUAUACUUUAAUAAUGUGAUUAACUGAAAUUUAUGAAACAAUCCAACACAUACUUCAGUAUUUAUUUAAAAAAAAAAA